GAUGAGUGAUUUCCUGAGCAUGCCUAGGGAAUGACAGGCAUCUCCACAGGCAGGCUGCAUCCACCUUGGCCUGGGUGGCGUCAUUGGCUGCCUAUUAGAAAAACUACAGGACAAUGCAUACCACCGCCUGCCGACUGUAAACAUAGAGGAUAUGUGUUCACUUAGCAUGGACUUCUGGGAGGGGCCAAGGAAGGGCGGUCUGGAGUUUUAUUGAAUAGAGCAGUGUGUAUUAUUAGGCUGCCUGCCUGCCUGCACUCUUGCUGUGUGCUCCUGCUUAAAGAAAUCAGUCCUUCCUUCUGACUUAGUCCUUCGGGAAGAAGUUUCAGCCUACAAGGUAUCACUGAAACUUUUCAAGAGCAUCCAAUCGAAUUCCACGAGGAUUGGUGAUCAACCAGAAGGCUCAGACAUCUGAUUGCUUACCUAUCCAGACGUUAUCUGGUCUUCCUAAACCUGAAACCACACCAUGGAUGAUUUUGAACGUCGCAGAGAACUUAGGAGGCAAAAGAGAGAGGAGAUGCGACUCGAAGCAGAAAGAAUCGCCUACCAGAGGAAUGACGAUGAUGAGGAAGAGGCGGCCCGGGAACGGCGCCGCCGAGCCCGACAGGAAAGGCUGCGGCAGAAGCAAGAGGAAGAAUCCUUGGGACAGGUGACCGACCAGGUGGAGGUUAAUGCCCAGAACAGUGUGCCCAACGAGGAGGCCAAGACAAGCACCACGAACACUCAGGUGGAAGGGGAUGACGAGGCCGCCUUGCUGGAGCGCCUGGCUCGGCGAGAGGAAAGACGCCAGAAACGCCUGCAGGAAGCUCUGGAGAGGCAGAAGGAGUUUGACCCAACAAUAACAGAUGCAAGUCUGUCGCUCCCAAGCAGCAGAAUGCAAAAUGACACGGCAGAAAACGAAACUGCAGAGAAGGAAGAGAAAAGUGAAAGUCGCCAAGAAAGAUAUGAGAUAGAGGAAACACAAAUAGUCACUAAGUCCUACCAGAAGAAUGAUUGGAGGGAUGCUGAAGAGAACAAGAAAGAAAAGGAAAAGGAGGAGGAGGAGGAGGAAGAGAAGCCAAAGCAAAGGAGCAUUGGAGACAAUCAGGUAGAGGCGAUGGUAGAAGAGAAAACAACAGAAAGCCAAGAGGAAACAGUGGUAAUGUCAUUGAAAAACGGGCAAAUCAGCACAGAAGAGCCUAAACUAGAGGAGGAGAGGGAACAAGGUUCAGAUGAGAUUCCCCAUAACGAAAAGACAGAAGACGAGGACAGGGAAAGAGCUGAGGCCGAGAGGGUAAGGUUGGAAGCAGAAGAAAGAGAAAGAAUCAAAGCCGAGCAAGACAAAAAGAUAGCAGAUGAGCGGGCAAGAAUUGAAGCAGAAGAAAAAGCAGCUCUCCAAGAAAGAGAAAAGAGGGAGGCAGAGGAGAGAGAAAGGAGGGAGGCAAAAGAGAGAGAAAGGAGGGAGGCAGAGGAGAGAGAAAGGAGGGAGGCAGAAGAGAGAGAAAGGAGGGAGGCAGAGGAGAGAGAAAGGAGGGAGGCAGAGGAGAGAAAAAGGAGAGAGGCAGAGGAGAGAGAAAGGAAGAAGCAGGAAGAGAAAAGGGCAGCAGAGGAGAGGCAGAGGGCAAAGGCAGAGGAGGAGAAGGCUAAGAUAGAAGAGCAGAAACUCAACAAGCAGCUAGAAGAGAAAAGACGUGCAAUGCAAGAGACAAAGGUACAAGGGGGAAAGGUAGAAGGGAAACAGGUAAAUGAAAAGAAAGUGCAAGAAGAUAAACUUCAGACACCUGUCCUAAAGAAACAGGAAGAAGAAAAGGGAGCUAAAGUACAAGCUAAAAGAGACAAGUCCCAAGAAGACAAGCCCGCCUUCAAAAAACAAGAGAUCAAAGAUGAGAAGAUUAAAAAGGACAAAGAACCCAAAGAAGAAAUUAAGAGCUUCAUGGAUCGAAAGAAAGGAUUUACAGAAGUGAAGUCACAGAAUGGGGAAUUCAUGACCCACAAACUUAAACAUGCUGAGAACACUUUCAGCCGCCCCGGAGGCAGGGCCGGCGGGGACGCCAAGGAGGCGGAGGGCGCGCCCCAGGUGGAGGCCGGCAAGCGGCUGGAGGAGCUUCGCCGCCGCCGCGGGGAGACCGAGAGCGAGGAGUUCGAGAAGCUCAAACAGAAGCAGCAGGAGGCAGCCUUGGAGCUGGAGGAGCUGAAGAAAAAGCGGGAGGAGCGAAGGAAGGUCCUGGAGGAGGAAGAGCAGAGGAGGAAGCAGGAGGAAGCCGAUCGGAAAGCCCGAGAGGAGGAAGAGAAGAGGAGACUAAAGGAAGAGAUUGAAAGGCGAAGGGCAGAAGCUGCUGAGAAACGCCAGAAAAUGCCAGAGGAUGGCUUGUCAGAUGACAAGAAGCCAUUCAAGUGUUUCACUCCUAAAGGUUCAUCUCUCAAGAUAGAAGAGCGAGCAGAAUUUUUGAAUAAAUCUGCACAGAAAAGCAGUGGUGUGAAAUCAACUCACCAAGCAGCAGUAGUCUCCAAGAUUGACAGCAGACUGGAGCAGUACACCAGCGCCAUUGAGGGAACAAAAACUGCAAAACCUCCAAAGCCAGCAGCGUCGGAUCUUCCUGUCCCUGCCGAAGGUGUGCGUAACAUCAAGAGCAUGUGGGAGAAAGGCAACGUGUUUUCGUCCCCCGCCGCAUCAGGCACACCAAACAAGGAAACUGCCGGCCUGAAAGUGGGGGUUUCCAGCCGCAUCAAUGAAUGGCUAACCAAAACCCCGGAUGGAAACAAGUCACCUGCUCCCAAACCUUCUGACUUGAGGCCAGGAGAUGUAUCCAGCAAGCGGAACCUCUGGGAAAAGCAGUCUGUGGAUAAGGUCACUUCCCCCACUAAGGUCUGAGAUGGUUGCAGAAAGAACCCAAGCUCAAGACGCUGGACCAGCUCAGUUGUAGAGGGCUAAUUUGCUCUGUUUUAUAUUUAUGUCAAUUUACUAAAGUGGGUUCAUUUUGUUUUGUUUUAUUUUUCAAUAUCCCAGUAAACCCAUGUAUAUUAUCACUAUAUUUAAUAAUCACAGUCUAGAGAUGUUCAUGGUAAAAGUACUGCCUUUGCACAGGAGCCUGUUUCUAAAGAAACCCAUGCUGUGAAAUAGAGACUUUUCUACUGAUCAUCAUAACUCUAUGUCUGAACAGUGAUACCAACCACAUCGGAAGUCAGUAAGAAGAGAUUCGAGUUUAAAAUUGCCUGCGUGCGGAAUGUGUGCAGUAUCUAGAAAAAUGAACGGUAGUUUUUGUUUUUUUUAAAUACAGAAGUCAUAUUGUUUCUGCACUUUAUAAUAAAGCAUGGAAGAAAUUAUCUUAGUAGGCAAUUGUAACACUUUCUGAAAGUAACCCAUUUCAGAUUUGAUAUACUGCAAUAAUGAUUGUUUUUUUAAAAAAAAAGAAGAAGAUGUACUGUUAAGGUAUUACUUUUUUUCAUGCUAAAUUAGAUUAUUAUGUUAGCUGACAGUGGUACUGAUUUUUUUUUAGGUUGGUUGCUUUGUGGAUUUCUUUGGUAGUGAUUGUAGCCUGAACCACAUUUUAGAUAAUCUGAUUAUGUAUGUAUGUGCAUACACGUAUACAAACACACUAAUGGUAGAAUGCUUUUUUAUGUGCUAGACUAUUAUAUUUAGUAGUAUGUCCUUGUAACUAGACAAUAUCACAGCUUUUUAAAAAUUAAAAAUCACAAUAUUAUAUUAAUAUUUCAUAUUUGCCAGUAGAAACAUGGCAGAUAGGUAUUGAUAUGUAUUCAAUGCCUGAUGACCUGUAAGAAAAAAGUAUUGAAAAAAAGAGAGUUAAGAAGUGUCAAAAUGAGUUGAAAUUUUCUAUAAGACAUAGUAUUUAGUUUAUAGUUAAAGGCAAUCUUGAAGUCCAACGUGAAUUUUGUUUUAACUCUACCAUCAAGCUGAAAGCCUGCUUAUUUGUAAUAAUAAAAUUCACAAUAGGUUGGCCUAAAUGAUAUCUAAGUUCUCUUCUAUCUCUAAACUUUAAAGACAAGAUUUUUAGUGACAGUAUUGUACAAAUUGAAAUUCCAUUUAUGGGUCUAAACAAAGACUGACUUUGGCAAAUGUCUGGAAGCAGAGAAGUAAAGUGAACCAAAUCCAGUAUUUAGGAGCCAUGAUAGUACUUUCAUCUUUAUAUACUCUAAAACAUUUUUUUAAAUUAGCCUUUACUACCUGAUUGAGUCAUUAGUACUUGUCAUAAGUUGAUAAUGUGUUGAAAUCUCAAAAAUAUAUGUAACUUUUACUCGUUUUACUGUUCCCAAGUCUUUACUGACUCACCAUUUUUACACACACAGUCCAGAUCUUAUUGUAGCCUAUAAGUCUUUAUUAUUCACAAUAGAUGAUAAAAGAGUACUCCAGUGUCUUGGCAAAAUGUUCUAGUAUAGACGCAAACAUAGAGUGUAGUUACAUAAACUCAUACCUCAGUUGGCUUCAUAAAAUUGUUUUAGUUUCAAUUCCUAUCACACUGAGGAAGUCUCCCGAAUAACUGUUUUCUUAUCUACAAUACUUCCCUGGAAGAGCUAGCCAACGCAGGGCUGGCGUGAGGAGUGACCAUUGCCUUACAAAGUCUAUUUUCUUCAUAAGUCAGUAAAGGGUAGCCAGAUCCCCUAGCUUUUAGCAAACCUGGGCCAAAGAAAGGAAAGCCACCAAGACUGCAAAAGUCAUCUACUCAUGACAGAGUAGACAUGCACGAGUCUACGAUAAGAUAAACUAGAAUUUACAAUAGUAGUGUCCUAUUUAGCAUUGACUCCCAUCACUGGCAUGAAAUGGAGCAAAGUUUGAGAUUACAGUGCAUUGUUGUACUUUUGAACAAGAGCUUCUCCUCAUCGCUAUUGUAUAUUUUUCUAGAAAGUCUAAAGUUGAGAAGAGAAUGUAUCAAUCCUGACUUUUAUUCCAAUAUUUGGAUGGAAUAAGUUUUAGGGUAGAAUUUUGUUCAGUUUGGAUUUAAUCUUUUGAAAAUUAAAUUCCUUGUUUACUUGUUCAAUUACAGUUGUCUGUUACCUUUAAGAGGGAAAACUGCAAGCUAACUCGCAUGUUUUGUGAAUCUGCCGUUCCUAAAAAUUCUAUAAACACUUGAUACAUUUCACUGACAAUUGAUCGCUGCAAUAAAAAUAUAUCAUGAAAACGCAUCCACAAUAAAUGGAAUUCCU